AUGGGCCUCCUCGACAAGUUGUGGGACGACACCGUCGCGGGGCCCCAACCGGACACCGGCCUCGGCCGCCUCCGCAAACUCGCCGCCCGCCCCGCCGCCGUCAAGAUCAACGAUGUGGCUCCGGGCGCCGCGACGGUGAUCCCACAUACGACGCCGGCCGGCGGCGAGGAUGCGCCGAUGAAAGUCACACGCAGCAUCAUGAUUAAGCGGCCGGCGGGGUACCCCUCGUCGCCGAGGAGCGCGGCCAGCACGCCGCCAGCCUCGCCGCUAGGAUCCACGCCGCCCAUCUCCCCGUUCGCGGGCGGCGGUGGUCGCUUCAGAAGGAAAUCAUCAUCAGAUGCGUACGAGAGGGCUACACCACCUGGGGCGUCGACCAGUCACCCUCCUCCACCCUUUGAAGUGUAA